CCAAGAGGGUCAAGAAAUCACAAAGAUUGUGUCCAAAUAGAACAUGUCCCUUAGCCUUAGCAGAGGCAAACCUACCCCACCACGUGAAAGGCACUGACAAAGUGCGGCAAAGCUUGAACACAUGAAAUCAAGAUUUACAAAACCAAUGAGCACAAAUAAACCAGAAAACGGCGUCGUUGCACCGUAAAAAAAGAAAAACAAACAAAAGUUUUCACGUUAAAAAAAGAAAUAAAGAAAAAGAAAAAGAAAAAAUCGUUACUUGUAAAGACAAAAGAAAAUAAAAAUUAAAGUGCGUUGUUGUGAUUAAGGCAUUAAGCCCGCCUUUAAUACCCAAAAGAAAAGACAACAACGCUUGUCCUUGUACAGUAAACCUUCUCUUUCUCUUUGUAGUACACCUCUCUCUCUCUCUCUCUCUCUCUCUCUCCCUCUUUCUCCCUCAGUUCUCGAGCUCGGCAUAAGCACGCUGGCCAUGUUUGCGUGCUUCGCGGACUACUGUAGUUUAUGCAGAGCCCAUCUUUCAAUUGGGUACCUCUAUCUCCUACUCUCUUCAUCUUUCAUGAUAGCAGCAAAUGCACAGGUAUUCGACUCAUGUACAGCAGCUACCAAUUGUGGGGCUGGCCUUUUUUGUGGAAAUUGCCCUGCUUUAGGCAAGAAUCAACCCGUUUGCACUAGAGGCCAAGCUAUAAUUCCCACUUCUAUUAUUGAUGGGCUGCCUUUUAAUAAGUAUACCUGGUUAGUGACUCAUAACUCUUUUAGCAUUGUGGAUGCACCUCCUUUACCUGGUGUUCAAAGACUCACCUUUUAUAAUCAAGAAGAUACUGUUACUAACCAGCUGAGGAAUGGUGUAAGGGGACUAAUGCUGGAUAUGUAUGAUUUUGAGGACGAUAUCUGGCUCUGCCAUUCAUUCCGAGGGCAAUGUUUCAACUUCACAGCCUUUGGACCUGCCAUUAACACCUUGAGGGAAGUGGAAGCAUUCUUGAGUGAAAAUCCAACUGCGAUUGUGACCAUAAUUAUUGAGGACUAUGUGCGUAUACCAAAAGGGUUAUCAAAUCUGUUCAGCAAUGCUGGUUUAGAUAAGUAUUGGUUUCCUGUUUCCAAAAUGCCAAAAAAAGGUGAAGAUUGGCCCACUGUGACUGAGAUGGUGCAAGAGAAUCACCGGCUUCUGGUUUUCACUUCUAUUGCUUCUAAGGAAGCAGAGGAAGGCAUUGCUUAUCAAUGGAAGUAUAUGUUGGAAAAUGAGUCUGGAGAUCCUGGGGUAAAACCAGGCUCCUGCCCAAAUAGAAAAGAGUCAAAGCUACUGAGUUCCAAAAGUGCAUCACUUUUCCUAGAGAAUUACUUCCCAACUUAUCCAGUCGAGAGUGAAGCUUGCAAAGAGCAUUCAACUCCGCUUGCUCAGAUGGUUGGUACCUGUUAUAAAGCAGCAGGAAAUGUGAUGCCCAAUUUUCUGGCAGUCAACUUUUACAUGAGAAGUGACGGUGGUGGUGUUUUUGAUGUUGUGGAUAGAAUGAAUGGCCAGACAUUGUGUGGUUGCAGUACUGUGACUGCCUGCCAGGCUGGUGCGCCUUUUGGAUCUUGCAAGAAUAUUGCAGUACCCACCACAAGUCCUGUGACAACUGCUACAGGAAGCUUUUCAGGAUCUGUUCAAUUUUCAAAAUCUGCAUCAACAGUCCAUUCUUCGAAUUACUUGGUUUUCCACUUGUUUUAUGUUUCACUAAUGGCAUCUUUAUUAUGAAUGAGAUGACUGAUUUGCAGUGUAGGUGGUUAGGUUGCUACUCCAUUAGUUAAAUAUUUAGUUAGCUGCUCUUCGGGUAUAGUGUUUUAGUGUCAGUAUGUAUUCUCUAGUCUGAACUGGUAUACCACAUCCCCGUGUUAAUAGAGGAAGGCAAAGAUAUACUUGCCAGAGGUACGAGAUGUGAUUGUGAACAGAGAACUUUUGAGAUUCUUAUAUGGAGGCAAAAAGUAAAGACUCGUAAAGCAAAACGAGGUAUAUAGCGGCUAAAGGAGAUCUGGAUAUAUCAACAUAUGGUUCAGGUUUUCUAUUGGCCAUGCUUUUUGAGUAUAAUGCAAAUUGUUUGGUGCGGCAUGCAUUAAGGGUUCUUCCACUUUCAUUUAUUUGGGUUAUGCUUAUACUUGUAUUUCAAUAUUUUAUUUCUUUGGGUUUGAUUUCACACACAUACUCUGGUCGGUUUUAAUAUUUCCAUGUGGUUGAUCACUCUGGAACAUUUAGGCCACUGAUAUGGAAUUUACUUUUGUUUUUUACACUAA